GGAUUAAACUGAUUAACACAUUUGAAACUUCAUUGAUAGUUGAGGCGAAUCAAUCAUCAAAAUGGGCCCGGCUUCCAAAAAGAACAAGAAAAAGAGGCCUAGCUUCAGAAAGUUGCUGAAAACCAGCAAUCUGAAGCUAGAAAACAAACAGAAGAAUCGACAGUUUAAGCAACAGAGCUCCGCUAAGAAGCAGCGCAAAGAGCAGCGUAAACUCCGACAGGCCAUUACUGAUGUUUCCCAUCAGACCCUCAAACCCCUGGAGCGCUACAAGAAGAGACCAGAGGAUGAAGAAGAGGAGGAGGAGUUCCUGGAGUCUCUGCCCACUGAUAUGAUGGAUGAGGAGGACCUCGAGCAGAUCAAAGCCAUGGCACAUAAAGCUUCCUUUCUGACUCGAGACAUCUCAUCAAGUGCUCCAGUUCAUGCCAAAAAGCGUAAGUCCGAGCAGUCGGUGGAGAACUACGAGAAGAUGCCCAGGAAGAUGCAGCAGCAGCAGAAGGAGAAGGAGCUCAUUCACCUGCUGCCCAUCAAAGACAAGAGCGGCCUGAUCCCUCAGUCCAUGGAGAAGCCCGUUGUGCCGGAGGCGGAGGAGGAACCGAAGGACCAGGAGGAGUUCGAGAUGGAGGAGGAACCAGAGAGCGGUCCAUCCCUCACUCCUCAGGAGCAGCUGAAGCUGCGGACUCAGAGACUGAUGGAGAAGAAGCUGCACAUCGCCAGUGUGUCCUCAGCUGUCCUCGCAGAUCCUCAUGUGAACAUCAAGAAGCUGAAGGAGUUGAGGGCCAUGCUAAUGGAGACGGACCCGUGCGUCGCCGUCACGGUCAGAAAGUUAGUCAUGGUCUCCCUCAUGGAGGUGUUUAAGGACAUUGUGCCAGCGUAUCGAAUCCGACCACUGACGGAAGAGGAGAAAUCCACGAAGGUGAAAAAAGAGACGCAGCAGCUGAGAGAGUUUGAGGAGGGUCUCGUGAGCCAGUACAAGUUUUACCUGGAGGAUCUGGAACAGACAAUCAAAGACUGGAAGCAGAAGAAGCAGAAGAGGAGUCAAGCCGUGUCUCUUCAGUGUUAUAAAGGUCUUGCUGAGGUGGCCAUCAGGUGCAUCUGUGAUCUGCUGGUAGCCCUGCCACACUUCAACUUCCACAACAACAUCAUAGUCAUGGUGGUGCCUUUGAUGAACGACCCCAUCAGGACGGUGUCUGAGAUGAGUUGUGAAGCGGUCAGGAAACUGCUGAAACAGGAUAAACUGGGUCAGGCCUCUUUAGCAAUGGUGAAGGUCAUCUCAGGGAUGGUCAAGAGCAGGAACUACAACGUCAAGCCAGAGGUGCUGAAGUGUCUCCUCUGUCUGAGGAUAAAAGAAGUGGACAUGAAGAAAGAUACGGAAGACACUGCACCCAAAAAGAAGUUCAUGUUGUUCAAGGAGAGGAAGGCAAAUCUGUCCAGGAUGCAGCGGAAGUGGAAAAAAGCCGAGGAGAAGCUGCAGAAAGAGCUUCUGGAAGCUGAGGCGACAGAGAGCAAGGACAAGAAAAUUAAACUGCACACAGAGACGCUGAACAUUGUGUUCCUCAUCUACUUCAGAAUACUGAAGAAAGCUCAGAAGUCCAUCUUACUGCCCUCCGUUUUAGAAGGUCUUGCCAAGUUUGCUCAUCUUAUAAACUUGGAGUUCUUUGAUGAUUUGUUGGCGGUGCUCUUCGGCCUCAUCAUAUCGGGUGAUCUGACGUAUCGUGAGAGCCUUCAUUGCAUUCUCACAUCCUUCCACAUCCUCUCAGGACAAGGUGACGUCCUCAACAUCGACCCUCUGAAAUUCUACAGCCACUUAUACAAAACCCUGCUGACGCUGCACGCAGGAGGUGCGAAUGAUGACACGACGAUCGUGCUGCAGUGUCUGGACGUGAUGCUGACCAAACGCAGGAAGCAGGUCAAUCUGCUGAGGGCACAGGCCUUCGUGAAGAGACUGAGCACACUCGGCCUGCACGUGCUGCCCGACUCCUGUGUGGGAAUCCUGGCAGCCAAUAGGACGCUGAUGCAUACCUUCCCUAAGUGUGACAUCCUGCUGGAUAAUGAAAUGCAGGGCAGUGGUGUGUAUCUCCCAGAGCUGGAUGUGCCUGAAUACUGCAACCCCCAGAACACAGGACUGUGGGAGCUUCACUUACUGAAGAGACACUAUCACCCCGUGGUGAGGAAGUUUGCUGCUCAUCUCAUGAAAGGCGCUCCUAGUGAAGGGUCAGGCGCGCUCAGCAUGGAGCUCAGCAGAAGGACUCCAGUGCAGCUGUUUGAAGACUACAGUGUUAAAGACAUGACCUUCAACCCGCCUGUCGCAGGGCCUCCCACAAAGAAAAAGGAAUAUUUCACAAUCGGUCAUGCGUUUUUCGAUCCAGACCUGAAGUCACAGAUUGAUGCUGCUCUUCAAACCGAGAGCGAGCAAAUGAGUCUAGACUUUACAUCACAACACACACCGCAGGAAACAUGAAUGAAAGUUGGGAAAAGCUUUUCUAUCGAUGUGUGUAAAAUAAAUGCUCCAAGAUACAA